GACGGGACGGUGAUCAGGCCAGACACAGGGGCGCCCGUGUCGGCAGUGCGCACCAGGGAGACCCGACUCCGAUGAUUGACGACGUAGUGGCAAAUAAUACGACGCAGGAACUUUCGGUGAAGUGGAGGAUAAACUUGGAUGACGACGGGCAAAGAAAUAUCACUUUCAUAAUUCAGAUUGCUCGUGGGAAGAACUUAAGCAAAGUUUAUGAGACGAUAGUACACUUCGAUCGAAACAUCGGCGACGGGACCUUGCAGUGGAAAUGGAUUUCAGAAUGGCCUUUGCAAUGCACAGACCAUUCAGUGAGAAUAAAGCGCCUAAGCGAUUCGUUCGCCGCUAACUGGAGCCAGUGGAAAACUAACUCCGGUGUACGAGCACCGGAUGACGAGCCUCGGAUAUUCCCUUUUCAGCAGCUACUUCGGGAGGGGUCAUCCGGUCAUUUUUGCUGCAUCGUUCCAAGACGAGGAAAAAUAAGAAGCUUCACUUUUAAGCAUAUUUCCCGUCCACAUUCCUUAAUUGACGAGGGAGUCUAUGGAAUCAUUGUGAAUAACCUUAAUCGCACGAAUGAAUUUGGGAUUCUUGCAACAUGUGAGGACUCCAAUGCACAAAAAGCACGGACUCUGAACUAUGUGUCAGUCCCUCCCCAGAAACCAAGAAACAUCAAAUGUGAGACGCACGACAUGGAGCAUGUGAGCUGUUCCUGGGACACUGACACCCCCCCGAGCCUGAAGUAUAGCUUCACCUACCAUUGCAUCCUGACUUUACAGAACGCCACCAUCACAGGAACCCAGGACAUGUACAACCAGUGCACCUUCCAAGCCAUGCCAGACCAGAAGGAGUACAACAUGACAGUGAGGGUGACCAACAGUCUGGGAGAGGAGAGUGAGAGCCUCGGCUUCCUCAUCACUGACAUCGUGUCACCAGAAGUCCAACUUCUGGCAGUUAUGCCAGCUACCCGCCAUGCCAACGUGUCCUUCUUUGUAAAAGGGAACUUUUCCAGGUUCAACCUCUCUUGCCAAGUCAAAACCAGUGAUGGAAACCUAACCGGGAAGGAGACACUGAAGGGCCUGACCGGCAGCCGUUACCAGAUCACGGUGGGUGGUUUGCAGCCCUUGGAGCAGUACACAUUGCUGGUGUGCUGCUCUUUGGUAGGAUCUGCCCGAGGGUUUGGACAAUGGAUCAGCUCCCAAAGAUUCACAACACACGCUGAACCCCCGUCUGUGAGCUUGGACCUAUGGAGAGCUGUACACCAGUCCAGUGGUACUCGCAGUGUUACUGUCAUGUGGAAGAUAAUUUACAACAACAACAACUCCAAAACAGACAUUUCUGCAUAUGAAGUUCAGUUUGGGAACUCAAAGCAGAUUGUAACUGGUCAGGACACAAAUCACACCAGUAUUAACAUUAGUCUCAGCACAUGCAGCAUUGCUGUCAGAGCUGUCAAUGAAGCAGGGUCCUCGCUCCCGUCAUACAUCGUCGUCCCCUCAUUUAGGAGUAAGAGUGUGACCUCUCCCAAGGCUAAGAGAGUGAGCGGCUAUCCCGUGCAGGGCAUCCCGCUGUCAUGGGAAGCGUGUGAUUGGGCUACCUGUGGCUACACCGUGGACUGGUCCAAGGCAACUGAACCCAACCAGGUUGUCAACUGGGUCAAAGUGCCUGUUGGGUCCACCAACCUCACCCUUUCUGCAGAGUGGUUCGAGCCAGGGUGCCGGUACACCUUCCGCGUCUUUGGCUGCCAUGGAAACGAGCAUGUUCUGGCGGAGGCGUUUACAGGCUAUGCAGAGGAGUUGGAGCCCAGAAGAAAACCAACACUCAAUCCUGUCAGUAUUAGCUCAUCUUCUGCUUUGUUAAGUUGGGAAUUCAAUGAUGAUGAUCCUGCUGACCCUGGUUUCAUCACGGGGUACCGAGUCACGGUCAACGUAACGGACAGCCUUCAGCUUGUUUUUAGGGAACAGUUGAAUGAUCUGCACAUAAAGAAGGUCAUAGUCGAAAAGCUACGGGAUGGGACCAAGUACACCUUCGGGGUGCAGGCGUACACUAAGGCCGGUUUCGGGCCUCCUGAUGAAACGACUGCCACUUCCCCCUCAAACCACACAGGACUUCUGAUACAGCUGCUGAUUCCCCUCCUGCUGCUUCUGGGUGCUGGGAUCCUUGUCUCUUACUACAGUAAAAGGAUUAAAGCUCACGUCGGGCCGUUCUUCUUCACCCCCGUUAAGCUGACGGCUAGGAAGCUGGAAAUGAGCAGCUCUCUCUACGAGGUCAGUGAGAAGAUAAAGGCUUUGAAAGUUGAGGACUGCCCCUGUUCCAGCAUUGACGUGCUGGAGGAGAGCAGCAUGGAGAAGCAUCAGAUGAUGGAUACCAAAAUCCAGGGCAGCCAGGUCCCAUACGCCCCUCAGUCACCUAGCAACAGUCUUUGUGGUCAUGUGAACUCAGGCAUUUCAGGUAUAACCAACAUGACGUACUUCUCCACGUCUGAGCCUUUACCAAACUACAUCGUUGUAGAUUCUCCAGCUGGGUCUUUGGAAUACAUCACCACUACAGACAUGCUUUGCUAAAACCAUUUUUACCAGGAAUCAUAAGAGCCACAGCCCAGCUCCAAAUGGACCAUUUGCCUUGUUUUGCGGCUAAAAUUAUACAGAAGUUACUUGACAUACUAAUCGCAAAAACUACUCCUUCCACUUAAUGAUAUAAAAGGAUUUAUUUUAAAUCUGUUUCAGAGGAAGACUGUCCCACUGUGAUAUAAAGUUCUCUGUGCACAUUGUGUUUGUAGCCACAGUCCUUACCUUCUGUAGUUAGCAUUAGCAUUUCUGAAUGAAAAAGUAUAAUGAUGUUCUUUUGCAGGCCUGAAAUUAGCUAGUUAGGGUAUUCUCACCUGAACCAUUUAACUAGCUUUAGCUGACAUUUGGGAUUGUAUUACGCUAAAUUGUCGUUAGGAAUAAUUGUGAUGUUGAAAGGACAUCUUGUGCCACAAGAAGAAAAUGCGUGAAAAUUGAGGUCAAUGUUGUUUUUAUUAUAGAACAUUUUAAUCGUAAAGGUUAAGUGAUUAAUGAAGCCUGAUUAAUUAAGAUCUCACAACCCAGGGCACAUGGCGUAAGAGAGGCAACAGUCCAAAAUGAAGUGUUUUGUGUUUAGUCUGCGGCUGUGCUGCCUGUCCUAUGUAAAGUAAGUAAACAUUUCGAUCAAAGAACAGUUUUCCCAGAAUAUUGUUGCUUAAAAACGGUGUUUCCAGUCGGAGCUAACGCAAUACUCCAAAAACUAGCUGGCAAUUACAUAUUCGUGUAUAAAUAUUACAUAUUGCUAUUUUAAUUUUCUUCCUAUAGUUAAUCAUAUAAUUAUAUAGGAUUUAUGUGUUUUUUUCUGUACAUCUCCCUAUGAUAAAAAGCACAAUCGGGGUUUUCCUGACCACAACUCAAUGUAUCAUCUUUUGAUUAAAUAUUUAGCUGCUCU